AUGUUGCCAAGAAAAGAUGUCCCUGUACCUAAGUUUGGAAGCUUCAAACCAAUAAAACAUGAAAAGGAGAAGCAUACAAAAAAAAGAGAACGUGAAAAUGAUGACAGAGACUUUAAAUAUACUAAACACAAACGACUAAUUUCACUCACUGAUCGUGACCAACAGUCGUAUAAUGUCAAAUACGAUACAAAGGGAGAUAGAAAGGUUUUCUUUUAUGGUGGCAUUCAUAAAUACUCCAUCCCAAAUUAUAUGCGAAAAUCUAACGUUGUAAUGGGCAGUAAUCCUGAGAAAGUUAUACUUCAUAAAAUGAAUGAAGGACUUUAUUUGAAGGAUGCCAUGCAUAUACCCAAUUCUGAAGAAAUCAGCAGGAACCUUAUUGUUGCUUCUUCCAUUGGGGCGAUCCCGCGUGAGAAUGAAUUUCUACCUUUCCCUGAAAGUUCUGCGAAUGUAACCGAAGACAAAUUAUCGGUGCCAUUAGAUGAUAAUAAAGUUAAAGGAAUACAGAAUGAAAUUGCCCAGGUGCGAAAAGAAUUAGAAAGAAACAGUUUAAGUCCAUCAUUAUGGCUUCAUCUGUGUUCACUGCAAAAAGACUUGCUCCUUCAAGAAUAUGCUCGACCGAAUAUGUCUGUUCGAGAAGAGAGAAGCCUACGCCGCUCAAUACAUGAAAUUCAAAUUUCGGUUCUAGAGAAAGCUAUUUUUUCUCAUGAUUUCGUUUCUUCUGAUGUCGAACAGUUGGUCUCGGAAUAUUUCAAGCUGGGAUUUUUUGAAUGGGACUCGAAAACAACACAAGAACAUUGGGAGAAUUUGCUUUCCAGGUAUGGCUUAUCGGAAAAUUUGUGGAUUUUGUAUGUCAACUUUCUUAUGUCUAACGUACACUCAUUUACUGUUGACUCAUGUUUGCAAAUAUUAUCCGAUUGCCUUGGUAUGAUUAGAAAAAAAAUUGAUAAACUUUAUGAGGAAACUAAAUCAUUAAAUGAAAAUAUACAAAAAUUGGAAAAAACGGUUCUUUACGUUCUACUCAGAAUUUGUUAUUUUGCAAGAGACUCGGGAUUUUUUGAGUUGGCUUAUGCGAUUACUCAAGUGAAUAUGGAAGUUAACUAUUUUCUUCCAGAAAGUCUAAAGAAGCAAGACUUAAAUUCCAUUAAGCGCGAGUUGUCAAAAUUUUGGGAAUCUGACAAGCCGAAAUUUGGAGAGCCGGGUGCUCUUGGUUGGAGGAAUAGUUCCAAUGCUCCAUCAUUCUCUAACAAAAAAAUCGAUGAUUCCCAAUCCUCAAUAUCGGUAUACGACUCGUUUUUGCAGUGGACGGAGAAUGAGAAAAGCUUUCAGGAGCAAAAGGCUUGGCGUGAACCGAAACUUGCUCGCAGGCUAAACAGCAAGGACGAUCCUUUUCGGCACGUCAUUUUUGAAGAUGUAAAAGGCUUUAUUUGUCGUUUCUUUACUCCAAAAGCACUUUUGGAUUUAAAAUACUGUCUUCUGAACUUUUAUGGUCUCCCAAUUCUUCCACCAGAAGCAAGCAAUGAGCAUUUCUUUGUUUCAGAUCCAUGGUUUUCGUCGAAUCUAAAGAUUGAUACGACUGUAAAGGAAUCUGAAAGUGUGAACGAUUUAGUUUCCUCCAAAAUUCUCUCACCAGGAUUUUUGGAGAUUUAUUUUCCCUGCUCAACUGAUUUGCCCGACUAUGUUUUGCUGUCAUUAAAAGCCUUUUCCAAAGAUGAAAUUGAUCGAUUGAAUACAAUUUUAUAUCUGCUUUUACAAGGGGUGGAUGAUGAAUAUUUUGCUGGAUUGUAUUUAACUAUUUUACAAAAGUUGUGUCAAUUGGAGUUUGAAGAUCAAGAAUAUGAUAUAUAUAGUUCUGUUAUCAAAGAUAUUUUAAAAAAGUAUGAGAGUUCAGUUUUUGUUUGGAAUUGCUUUGCCGAAACUGAAUUUAUGAAUGGGAAGGUAUCUUUGUGCGAAAAAAUAUAUAAAACUGCUUAUGUUAUGCAAUCUUCAAAGUUUUCAGAUUUAGAAAAUGUGUGGUUUCACAAGAAUUGGGCAAUGCAAAAGUUCUUUUUGAAUGACGAGCUUGGAUUUUGGAAUGUACUAAUUCAUUUGUUUCAAGUUGAUCAGACUUCUACAAAUUCAGCAGACAAAACUGGAUUAGCUAACCAAGUUCUCGUGCUAUUUGAAGAUGAACAAGAUAGCAAAAAGGCCGUUAACAUUUCACUAAUUUAUUUGUUGCUUUCGAUUUUUAUAGGGACCGAGCCAGUGCAUUCUACUAUUGAGAAGUGCGUAUCCAAGCUGGACAGUAUGAACGGUAUUGCGAAAGAAAACCUGGAAUAUUUGUAUGUUAUUAGCCUUGCAGUAGCAAUGCGUAAUGCAAAGGAACGCAAAAUCUUUAGUGUAACAAAGAUGAGACCUAUAUUAGAAAAAGCUGUGCAAUUGUUUCCGAACAACAUCGUUCUUUGGGACAUAUUCUCGUGGUUCGAAUCGAAGCAUCGAUUUCAAUUUCGAGUAAAAAAUAAGGCAUGGGAAGUUGUUCGAAUAUACCAAGACAAGGCUAUCUAUCCCUCAUACGUUAUCAUUAUGGAAGAGGCUAAGCUAUCACUGGAGAAAAUGAAGAAUGCAAUUGAAAGGAUAUUUUUGAUACGAGGGCUGGAUUUCAUUUUAGGGUUUUGGAAGGUUUACCUAUACGCUGCUGUUUCGAACACUGGCUCGAACAAAAUGGAUUGCAUUCUUGGUAUAAGGAAAGCAAUAAGCCAUUGUCCGUUUCAAAAAGAUUUAUACAUUCACAUUUUCACGCUAUUACAGACAGGAGAUUAUUUGGAUGAAGCAAAGAUAUUCUAUUUAUUGAUGAUUGAGAAGGGUUUCCGUUUACAUAAUGAAGUUGCUUCAACGAUUUUAGAAUCUACAGUAAUGAAGCAUUAUCUCCAUCUGCCCCGGGACUCUCGCGUUGUCCUUUCUCAUGAGUAUACUAAUAAGUAA